AUGGCACUGCUCCUUCAACUUUUGAAGAAUGCGCUGAGACAUCAGCUAGAUCCGCAGGUCUUGCUCCCCAAAAUCCAUCCCUUCUCUUCUUUGGUCCAAUCUGGACUGUUAAUUCCGUCAAGAGAUUUUGACAGGUUUGGGUCCAUCUAUAACAUGCUUGACCGGGCGAUCACGUGGCUACCGAGCACUCUUAUUUUCUGGUCAUAA